AAUUUGAACAUUCAAUUCUAUCAAAUCUAUUUUUCAAAUGAAGUAGAUUAACCUCUCAACACUUUCAUGGUCAGCACAUUUGCAGACGAAGAAAAAAAAAGUCUUGUGUUUCAGAUUGUUUAUUUCCAAUUUCUGCUUGUGCUUUUAAUACAAAUAAAUGCAAUAUGACUCAAUUGAACUCUAACUCUGUAAACUUUUACAAAAAAACUGAUAAUGAUGUUAGUAAAGAGAAUAUACCAGUUCAGAGUACACGAACUGCAAUUUUAAUUUUAGUUGGGAUAUUUUUGCUAUCAGUAUCAGCAUUAGUUUAUUUGUAUAAAUCAUUUCCUGAAUUAGAGGAAGAGGAAGCACAAUAUGUUAAAUUACCCAUGGAUAUUGAAGAUGCAAAAAAUUUAGGGAAAGUGCUUGCUCGAUAUAAAGAACGUUACUACUUCACUGUUUUAUUUGCAUUUUUCUUAACUUAUAUUUUCUUACAAUCUUUUGCUAUUCCUGGAUCCAUAUUUUUAAGCAUAUUAUCUGGUUUUCUGUAUCCUUAUCCAUUAGCAAUUCUAUUAGUUUGUUCAUGUUCUGCUCUUGGAGCAUCUUUCUGUUACCUUCUUUCUUCACAACUGGGGAGAAAAAUAGUUAAAAGAUUUUUUCCUGAACGAGCUGCACAAUGGUCAAGACAAGUCAACAAGCAUCAUUCUAAUUUAUUGAAUUACAUAAUAUUUCUACGUAUCACACCAUUUUUACCUAAUUGGUUCAUAAAUAUCACCUCUCCAGUUAUUGGUGUUCCUGCUAAACCAUUCAUACUGGGCACAUUUAUUGGUGUUGCACCACCCUCUUUUGUGAUGAUUCAAGCUGGUACAACACUUCAUCAAUUGACUUCAUCCAAAGAUGCUAUAUCAGGGACAUCGAUUUUUAUGCUGACAUUGUUGGCAUUGCUAUCUCUUCUUCCAAUUUUGUUCAAGAAGAAACUAAGUGAAAAAUUGGACUAAUAUUAGAAUAUCACACAAACAUUUCACUUGUGAAUGCAAGAGAUAUCUGAGAAGCAAGCUUUAGUUAAUUGUGCAUUUCUUUUCACCAUUAAAAUGCACCAGCAAUCUGAGGGAUCAAUUUUAUGACUUAGAAGAAAACAUUCACUUGUUUUUAAUUGAAUUCGUGAAAACUAUUUAUUAUUUUAGUUUUUUUACAGUUUGUUUAUUUGUGAUUUUCAUAACUGUUAGUUGUUAUAUACAUUAAGUCUCAUUUAAAAUUGUUUUUUGUUAUUUUGGCAUUUUUAGUUUUUAAAAACAUUUAUUUUAAUUGGAAAAAAAAAAUUUGUAACAACCAACUCAACACUACUGUGAUUUUUUAAUUACUCUUAAUUUAAACAAUUUAUGUAAGAUGGAAAGUAGUUAACAAUUGUCUUUGUUUCAUAUUUAAUCUACUAGUAUAGAUACUUAAUCUGACUAUUCUUGAUUAAGCUGUUAUUAAUAAUUAACAGUAGCAUUUGUUUUACAUCUAAACAAAUCAAUUUUCAAAUUUAUAUGAUUCACUUAGGUGUUUAGCUAUUUAAUAGGCAACUCAUAUAGAUUGUCCAAUUUUUAAAAUCAUACAUUUAAUAAAAUGUUUUUUUUAUAAAUAAAAAUAAGUACUACUCUUGUUGAGUUCUAUUGAUUCACUUUACAAAUCUUAGUAAAUUAAAGAUCAAAUCUUAGAAUUGAAGAUCAAAUGAAAACUGAUUAGCAUCACUUUGUCUCUUUGGGUGACAAUUACAAUUAGAUGUUAUUCCUUGAUUUUGUUAUUUGAGCUUCAGUUUUACUGUUUAUUAUUUAGUUAUAUCAGCUAUCAAUUUGAAAUGUCCAUAUAAAGUCUUUCUGUAAUAAAUUUUUAAUAAAUUAUAAUUUUAAAAAAUUAUUAUAUUAAAAGCAAGAUAAAUUAAUUCUUACAUUUUCACAAUGCUAAUUUAAAAAUCUAUUUAACUUGUUAGUUGAUUUUAAGUUUUUUUUAUGAAUUUAAAAUAGGAGUAUUUAAGAAUCUUAGAAUCUCUACUAAAAUUAUAAAAUAUGAAUUAUUCUUACAGUACUGUACAGUUUAGAAUAUUUUAUGGCAUUAAAAAACCUAUAUUGUCUUUAACAAAUUAAUUGACAUUUAUUAGAUUAUAUUGCAUUAAAUCUAGUAAACUUUUUGUAGUAAUAAGUAUUACUUAAAUUAUUAUAAAUCCAUCUUAAAUUUAUGCCUACAUGUAUGGAAAUCUUUUUACUACAUACAGUAAACUCUUGAUUAUCCGCUGGUAGAUUAUCUGCGCUUUACUUUUGUUCUUUUUCUUUUUUUUGUAAUGAUAAACAAUGAUAAACAAUGAUUUUGUAAUGAUAAACAACGAUUAGAAUCUAAAAUAAAUUCAUAGAGAUGGAACUAUUUUAAGAGUUUUGAGAACAACAUACUAGCAAACAUUCAUAUUCGUCGCUCAGGUGUUCACAGUUAAUCAAAUAAUGGGUCUGCAUAUAAACAUUGCAGCUUCAAGUGCAAUACCUACUAAAAAGAGUAUUGAAAGGGUGAAAAUAGGGAGGUAUUCCUAAAGAGCAAGAAAACAUGAGUUAUCACUUACAGCUGUUGAACUACAAAUGCAGAAUGAAGUUCAAAUUUCAAUUAAUAAAUUCUGCACCUAUCAAAGCAGUUUCUCUUCCUGGAUCAUAUUGUUAUUAUUUAAAGCAAUGAUAUUGAUAGCAAGUAGAGAAAUUCAGUUUUUCCUGCCUUGUCUUCAUAUAAUGAAUGGGAAUGAAUUUUACUCAGUCAUUUAUUUACUGAACAUAUAACACAUUCUUGAAACUCAAAUCAGUUAUAAAAUUGAUAACUAACGAAUGAGGGUGGUCCCCACACAACACUUGAACCCUUAAAUGAAAAAGAAUGAAGCAUGGCCUUUAAUAAAUUAUGGGCCAUAUGAAUGGUUUCAAAAUUGCAAGUUAGUUUUAUUACUGAUAAGAGUUUCUAAAAAUUGUGUAUGUGCAGUAACUCUUUAUAAGAACUAAUUCAAUGAUUGUUUUGAACAUUGUUUUGUGCACUUUUUUCAACAGUGUAUGAACUCCAGAGUUGUGCUGUCUGCUUGUGGCUGUUUUAUUUUAAGCUUCCUGCACUCCAACACCAAGAAACAAAAAAAGUUGGCAGACUUUUUCAUACAGAAAUAAGAAAAAGUAGGAUAAGAAAAUGUGAAGAAAACUGCUAAUAAUAUUGAUAUCUAUCACUUAUAUUUUAAAAAUUGAUGAUGCAUGUCUUUUUUUAAGUGUUUUGCGGAUCAUCUGUGCUUUGUGGGCUACGCAAUUCCACGGAUAAUCAAGAUUUUACUUUAAUUAAAAACAUUGCAACUAACUAAACUAAUUUAUUAAACUAUCUAUUAAACUUUCUGUAGCUUGUAAAUGAUAUAUUAAAUUUGUUUUACAUAAGAUCUAUAAAACUUUUUGAUGCUAAAUUUUUGCAAUUGCGUUAAAUUUAGACUAUUCUGAAAUUUUUUUUAAUAAAAAUCAGUUUUUUAAAAAAACUAUGUCGAUUUUAUGUUUCUCUAUAUCUGUACUAAAAAAACUUCCUGUAUUAUUUAAAACAUCACUGUUAACCUUUAUUAAUUAUGUUAGGUUGGUAAUUUAUUUUUAAAAGUAGUUAUAAAAAUUCAAUGUCUAACAAAUAAUCUUAAGAUAAUAGCAAAUAGUAAUUGCUACUUAUACAUAAUAUUUCUUAAGGUAAUUUCUAGUGUGAUUCUCAAAUUACAAUGUCUAAGAAUUUUGAAGUUUUUUUUUCUCUUCUAAUGUUUACAAAAUUCAUUUUUUAAUAAUUUUUAAAAACUCAUUUUGAUUGAAAAACAAGUCUUUAAUAAGAAAGGAAUUUGUAUUUUCCAAUAGUUCAGUUGGCAAAUGCUACAUCGAUUUGGAUUUAGUAAAUUUUUUAUCUCUGUUAAUCGAGAAAAUUAUUUUUUAUUUAAGUAAUGAAGUAUUCCUAAAUGAAGUACUAAUUAAGUAUUUUUAAUUUUACUAUAUCUUAAAAAUUAUUAAAUUUAGUAAUUGAUAGUUUAUGAAGUUCAUAAACUAUCAUAUAGUAUAGGAGUUUUAUAUUUUAGCAUUUUUACUGAUAUGUGAUAUGUUUCAAUCAAGAAAAAUUUAUUUCAAGAUUAUAACAUGCAUAAAAACAUAAUCUUUUAAAAUUAGACAAAAACGUUUGAGGCAUUUCAUUGUUUGAAAUAAAUGCAUUGAAUAUAUAACUGAAUUCUUAAUUAGUUAGUUCUAAUUAUUCUAGAUUUCAUAUCAUAACGCUACAAGCUUGUACUAAAAGAUAUGUGUUUAUUUCCAAGUACAUACUUUGAAAACAAGCACAUAUCAUCAAAGGAUUGGUGCUAGGAUUCAACUGAGACAGCACAAUUGGGAUCAAUUUUUUUAUUAAAAUUAUAAUUAAAACUAUACAAUUUUUCUUCUGUGAAAUCAUCGGACUUUCUCCCAAAAUGGGACAAUGCAUUCCUUGAGAAGAUGGACUUUGUCCUAGGCAGCCUUUGAUCUGCUAUUCUAGUCUCUUGUUUGUUUUCAUUUGAAAAUUGUGUAUGUAUCAUAAAGUGAAUGAAAGAAAUUCAUCUUAAAAUGAUAAAUUGUGAAUAGAUUUGUAAUGUAACAUUAAUUUAUUUAUUUUUUAUAAUUUAGGGACAGAAAUUUAUUUUUCCUUUGCUUUAUGUUAAGAAAAUAAUUUCCUUUGUAGCUUCUAACUUGGAAAAUUUCUCCAUCCAAAUUUUUUUCAAAUUUGCAUUAGUCUUGCUCCAAAAAUUUUAAUUUUGAUGGAAUAUUAAAUUUUGUUUUAAUUAUUAUAGAUAAAUUUUUAUCGAUGAUAAAUUAUUUAUGCUGUAUUAAAAAAAAAAAAAAUUGAUCAUUCUAGGAUAGAGUGAAAAAGGUAUAACAUUAUUUCUCAGUGCUAAACUGCACCUUAACGAAAAUUAAUGGUCCUAUCUUAAAUAUAUUAAACAUGUUUACAUUUUGCCCUGUUUUAAAAUUACAUCACUAAAACAAUUUCUACGUAUGGAAAAAUUACUUAAUUUUCAGUAAAUAAAAUGUUCUUAGUGUUGUCCCUGUGAUAUAAAUUUUUCUUUUAUUUGGAUCAGAAAUCAAUGUUUUGUCUUUUAUACUAUCAUAUUAAAAACUUCAUUUAAAAACUCUUACCUUAAACUUAGCUCAAGAGUUCUUAAGACACAUUUUCAAAAGAACAUAGAAAGUGCAACUCUAAAAAUAAAUUUCCUACAUUAGUACCAAUUUUUUUUCUUAUUUUUUUAAAUGUUUUUAAUAAUUUAUUGUGCUUUGUGUCUAGUAAAACUUUAAUGUCAAUGUUAAACAAAAUACACUGGUCCAAUUUUGAGCUUGAUUCAGUUUGUAACAAAAGAAAUAAUUAAGAAGUACUGUUGAGUCUAUUUCGUUUGAAAAUUACGUAGUUUUAUAGCACUGCUAAUAGACCACUAUGGGCAAAAUCUCAUAUCUUUUUUUGUUUUCUCUGUGCAUAUUUAUUUCAAGUUUUGUUGUUAUUUGUAGCUGUUAGAGGAGUUUAAAUGUUUCAGUGCCGAUAAUAGGACCUUGCGUGAACAAACAUACUUCAAAGCCAGUAUAGUCUAGAUUUUUGACAAAAUUGAGGCAUAUAUUUACCUUUUGGCUGUAAGUCUAUUAACAGUGAGCUUCCCUGUGUCACAAAAUGAAAAGUUGACUAGUUGUCUAUUGUAGAUUUUUCAUAAUUAACAUGGUUUUUCAAAGCUUGUUCAUCGAGGAAAAUAAAUAAAGCCACAAUUUAAGUGCUUUACUCUUAAAACUAAGCUAUAAUUUUAAACUAUAUAUACCAUCUUGACGUCAAAAAUUACCAGGCUUUAGAACAAAUAACUUAAAUAUUUUAAUAGUUAUUAAACUUAUUUAAAAAUCCCCGAUUUGGCAAAAUUUUACUACCUAGAAGAAAAUUCUGUUUUUGCAAAAUUUUAUAAUACCAGAUAAUGCAGCAUUAGUGUAAGUUUUAAAAUGUUAAAAAAUAGACCACAAACGCUUUUCUUUAUCAUAAAAAUGUGGCUUUUCUCCAUAGUGACUUUUUGCGCCAUUUUCAAAAUAAGUUAGGAUAAACUCGCUGGUUAUAAAUAGCCUAAACUUAACCCAACAGUUAUGAGUAAUUGUUGCAAACUCGAAGCAAUUAUGAAAAUAGCAUAUUAUUCACAAAAGAGUAUUUCAAAGAUGUAGCCUUUGAAAAACAGAUUUGAGACUGUUCUAGGAAUCUUUCGUGAGAUGAGGUAACUUUUUAGCACAUAAUAUGCUAUUUUUAAAACUGAUAAAAGCAGUUAUUUGUAACAUAAUAUAAAUAAAUAACUGAUAAAACAGUUAUUUAUUUAUAACUAUUGGGUAAAGUUUUGUCCAUCUUUAGUCUGUGAACUAUGCUCAAAAUGUAAUUAUGAAGAAAAGCUUUUUUUUUUUUUUUUUUUUUUUUUUUGAGAAAAUGAAAAGCUUUGUGAUUUAUAUUAAGUUGCUCCAAUUGCAUGAUUUGGGUUGAUAAAAAUAUGCAAACAUUGGAAAUCAUUUUUUAGUUUUAAUAAUUUUUCUAACAGUCUCUUGCAAUAAUUUGUAAUAUUUUUAAAUAUUAGUAGAUUUUAAAGCUCAGUGAAUAUAAGGCAUAUGGUUUAAAAUUAAAAUUUUGCUUUGUGUUAAAGGCACUAAAAUCAAGUUUUUAUUUAUUUUUUUAUUUUUUACCUUUCCUUGAAUUUGAGUAACAUCCUUAAUUUGAAAUGUAGUAGUUAUAUAGUAACAGUUAGCAACUAGUAAUUGUAUAAUUUCUCAAAACUCCUGCUAGUAUAUUGCAUAACUAAAAAAAAUUUCUUAAUGUUAUUCAUGAAUUUAUAAAUAAUAUGGGACCAACAGUUUGAAUUUUAUAUUUCCUUAGUAAUUAUUUUAGUUCCUUUUCGUAUUCAUUAAAGAAAUUUAUUUAUGAGUAGAAAAAGAAUCUGUCUUAAAAGUAAUAUGUUACUCAUUGAUAUAAAAUAUUCCAAUAAAUUACUUAUUAUUGA